CUUCCGUAAAACUCGUUCGUAUGAGAGUUAGUGUUUAUCUGGUUUAUAUCAAUUUGAUCAUAAAUUUCCGUUGUGAUUUUUUAUCUCAUUCCAAAAAUGUCGUCGUGCUGUGAAGGCAAAUGUGGUUGUGGGCCUGGAUGCAAGUGCGGCAGCGGAUGUGGCGGGUCCGAGAUGUGCCCAGAUAUUUCCAUGGAACAGAGCACCACAACUGAGACCCUUAAAAUGGGGGUUGCACCUCAAACCUCUCAUUUUGAGGCUUCUGAGAUGGGUGUUGCUGCUGCGAGUGGAUGCAAGUGUGGAGACAACUGCACCUGCAACCCCUGUAAGUGUGGAAAGUGAAAGAAAGAUGACAGCUUUUGAAGCAGAGGAUGAUGGACUUGUAAUAUUGUAGCAAGUAAUCUAUGCGUCGUGUGUGGUUUUUAUGAUCCAAAAUACCAAGUUUGUGUGUUUUAGGAACCGAGUUAGGAACUGAGUUUUAGAAUAAAGUGGUCAUGGGCGUCUCUUUGCAGAUCCUUCUAGGCUAAGAUUUGAUAAGGGUGAUCCCAGGCAUGCCUGCUUGUGUCUGUUUUCAUUGUACAAAAGUAGUAUCUAUAUAUGUAUGUGGGCUUCUGAGGUGUUUGUUUGACUUGGUGGAUCAUAUUUUAUGUAAUUGUGAGGAGAAAGAGAGAGAGU